CGCAGUGAUAAGGCUUGGAUAUUUGGCGCGAUUGUGCUGAAAUAUAUCAUCAAAAUAAUGUCUUUGACCACUUAAAUUGUACGUUUUUCUCACUAAAUUUCUCCGAUUGAGAAAGCUUAGUAAUGGUUUUAAAAUUCUGAAGGGAAUUCUUUGCGAAAAGAAUAAAUCAAGACCAUUUUAAAGCCUGCAAGAUGAAUGGUGAGGUACCUUCAGUUCCCAUCACUACCUUGGCAGGUAUCACAAGUCUCACUGACUUGUUAUCAGAGCUGCCUUUGCCCUCGCCGAUGCCAAAUACAAUCGGCAACAAAAGUUUGCUGUAUAGUCCACAUAUAGCAGAGGAGGCAAGACGGCUUCUAAAUGUUAAGGAUGAUAGUAGUCUGCUACAGGUAGUCCAUGCACUUAGCCAAACAAACACAGAAUAUAUUGAGCUUAAAGAUCGGACAAUGAAUGAUGACAUUGAAGGUGAUGUGCCACCCUUGCUGCAAGCAAUACUGUCUCAUAAUCCUGGUAUCUUCAAUCAGCAGACCAGUCCUGUACCACCGAUGGGAGGUCUUUCUCUUUCACCUCGCACACCCGUGGCACCAUCUCCAUACUACCAAACAUCCUCUGAUCCUGCUUCCAUACAGCAGCAGUCACAGCAGCAGCCACCAUCACAGUCUCAGCCGCAGCACAGUCCCUACCCACACUUCGGCAGCGUCCAGGGCAGCCCUUCUGCCCCUUUCACGAAUAGCCAAUCUCAUUUCCCACGCCCGAUGGGUGGCUUUCACCAACAAUCAUCUUGCCAAGGGUCCCCAACUACUGCCAGUGUAAAUGGCUACACCAAUCCCCAGUAUUCACCAGCAGCUGGUAGUCCAGCAGUGCCCACUACAUCCCUCUCAACGGAUCAGCUCAGGUCUAGGAAUACUAGUAGUACCAAGCCUGUUGCUAGUGCAUCUGUAGGAAAUUUCACAAAUGGUGGCAAAGUAGAUGGUAGCUUACGGUUAUCGAACAAUGCUAUGGGGGCACUUACACAUAAUGAUGAUGCUCCUGAGGUGAUAAAACGAGGACCAGGUAGGCCUAAGAAAAUGGGGCCUGUCCCAUCUCUAGCAGGACCUUCGCAUAAGGAUUCUAUCAAUGAAAUUCAAGCUAAUUCAUCAGCUGUACCAGUAGUCAAAAUGAAUGAAGGAACAUCUCAACAAGUAGACAGCCAAGAGGCUAGUGCCUCGGCUACAGAUACUGAACCAGAAAAAUCACAUAAGAAAAAGCGUAGGAACAAGGAACGCCAGAAAGAGAGGCAUUAUGAUAUUGUGAGUCCGCCUCCUGGGGAGAAAUCCUUGAAGCUAAAGAUUAAGAUAACCAAACUUUCUACCCCAAAAGACAUUUCAAAGCCAGUGGAAAUUAAAGAUGAGAGUGAAACGGCCACAGAGCCUAGUAAAUUAUCAGCUGUAGAAAUGCUUGAGAAAAAACAAGUAGCAGAUAAACCCACCCCCGUGGACAGGUCAAUACCGCCAAAUAGGACAUUGUCGUUAGAUCGUCCACCAUCUUCUUCAUUUGAUAAAACGCCUCCUAAGGCAGGUAGUAUGCACUGGAGCGAAGGUACAACAUCACCGUCUCCAAAGCAUGGUACAUCCCCUAGGGCUAGCAUCUCACCAAGGGCUGCUACUCCAAAGACUCCUAAGGAACAAGUAAAGGAGCAGCCGAAAGUAGAAAGAAAACAUGAUCAAAAGUCAUUAAAGACAAUAAGGAACAUUGACCAAAUGAGGAAAGAAUUAGAAAGAGAAAAGGAACUGUUAGAGAAAGCCAAGGCAGAAAAGAAAAGGAGAGAUGAAGUCAAAGCAGUGGAGAGUGAAGGCAAAGAAGUUACUGAAGAUCAAGAACCAACAUUAGUUGAAGAUGAACCUCUACCUGAAGGUCGAGUUUCUAAGGGGAGGGGUCUAAAGCGUGGAAGGCCACAAAAGGGAUAUGCAGAACUUGACAGUGAUAAAGAAGUAGAUGAAGAAUCAGUCAAAGAAGAAGAUGAACCAAAGCAAGUACAAAAGAAACCUAAGGUGACAGUCGAGGAGGAGGAUUUUGACCCUGUCAAUCAAGAAUUGAUGGAAUCCGCAACAUUUAAGCGAUUUAAUGCAGCAAUUGACACAGUCUUUGAAAAUCUAGAAGAUAUUGAUGUCACUGAAGUUGAUGAUGAAGAGGAUGGUGACUGGCCUGUGGAUAUGUUAAUAAACAAAGUACAAUUAUCAGAGCUUCUCUCAGAAUCUGCAAAGCUCAAGUCAAUGGGAGUGACAAAUAAGAUGCCUGUGGACCGUCUGGUAAGGCUACUAAACAUAUUGGAAAGGAACAUACGGGAUGGAUCCAGAUUACAGCCAAACCUUAUUCAACUUCUACUCAAGGUGUCAUCACUUGGCACAGCGCCAUUCUUUGUCGAGAACAUCAGCGAGUUGCAACUCAGCGCUUUGAAGCUUAUCUCUGUUGUGUUUUCCAAAUACGAGAAACAUAGGCAGUUGAUAUUGGAGGAUAUCUUUGCAUCUCUUGCCAAACUUCCAUCAAGUAAGAAGAACCUCCGAAGCUAUAGGUUAAAUUCUGAGCAAAGUAUUCAGAUGGUAACAGCGUUAGUGCUGCAGCUUAUACAGUGUGUUGUCAACCUCCAUCAGGACAGGAAAGAGGACGAGGAUCAAGAUUCUGAUGAUGAUUCAGAUGCAGAGGCACCAAAGGAAACUAACAAGCUUACUGAUGUUCUAAUUAUUAAUCAAUAUGAAACAGCAGUCAGAACGGGUCAGAGUUUCCUUGCCGCAUUCCUCAAGAAGUGUGUUAACAAAGGUGAAGAAGAUUACCGUCCACUAUUUGAGAAUUUUGUACAAGAUAUGUUAUCAACCGUCAACAAACCAGAAUGGCCAAGUGCUGAGUUGUUGUUAAGUCUCCUUGGAAGGCUUUUGAUGCGUCAGUUCAGCAACAAGUCAAAUGACAUGACAAUGCGUGUUUCGUCGUUAGAAUACCUUGGCCAGAUUGCAAGUCGUUUACGUGGUGACGCAGUCUCCAGCCAUACCAACCAAUCAUUAAUAGAUGAAAUUGUUGGAGAGGUCAAAAUAUCAACCAAAGAAUCUAGUAUAAGGAGAAGAAGGAGAGGAAAUCGCUGUUUGGACAGCGAUGAUGAAGAUGAAGAGGAAGAUCAGAAUAAGAGUGAAAACGAAAUAAAAUCUCAUCGGAGCCAAGCGUUGCAAAAAGCAAUGUUGGAUUAUUUAGCACAUAACGGACAUUCAGAUCCCUCAGUAUUAUUUGCAAGGCAAUUUUAUAUAGCACAGUGGGUGAGAGAUAUCAAUGCAGAAGUAGAGAAAAUAGUAAAGCGACAGGAAGAAAGUAAAGAAGAAAAUGAAGAGAACGAGGAUGAAUCAGAAGCAGAGAAGACUUCCAAGUUACUCGAAGCUGCAGAAAGAAGGAAAGAUUUCCUGCAGUCAUCUGUUGAUGUUGAUUUGAGACCCCUAAGCAUAAAACGUAAACCAUCCAAUUUAACGUACAGCAGUGCAGGACUGGUGGUGAGGUACCUUGCUGCAGCUCGGCCAUUCUCACAGAGUUUUGACAUUUACCUGUCACAGAUUCUGCGAGUUCUAAAUGAAACUGCCGUUGCAAUUAGGACAAAAGCAAUGAAGUGCUUAGCAGCUGUGGUCGAGGCUGAUCCAGACAUCCUAAAGCGGAGUGAUGUUGAAAAGGGAGUUCAUUGUCGUUUCAUGGACCAUUCAACAAGUGUGCGCGAGGCAGCGGUGGAUCUUGUUGGUCGCUUUAUCCACCUCAAACCAGACCUUGCUGAUCAGUAUUACCCUAUGCUCAUUGAGAGAAUCUUAGACACCGGUAUAAGUGUAAGGAAGAGAGUGAUAAAGAUUCUCCGUGAUAUUUGCUUGGAGAUGCCAGACUUUCCCAAAGUGGUGGAGAUUUGCGUGAAGAUCAUAAGGAGAGUGAAUGAUGAGGAAGGCAUCAAGAAACUAGUCAAUGAAACAUUCCAAAGUAUGUGGUUCACCCCUCUUCCUGUAUCGGAACCAGAUUUACUACUAAAGAGGGCGCAUAACAUCAUAGAGGUUGUAGCGGCUUGUAAAGACACUGGUUAUGAUUGGUUAGAACAACUUCUGCAUAAUUUACUGAAAGAAGAAGAAGAACAGAAAACUAAACCUGUACAGAAAGCUUGUGUUCAAAUUGUUGAUUGUUUAGUUGAACAUGUUUUACGGUUAGAAGAAAAGGCAAUAGAAAUAUCGGCUGAGGGAAAAGUAAGCAGUCUCCAGCUAGUCUCCUGUUUACAGACCCUCUACCUCUUCAGUAAAGUCAAGCCAGAGUUAAUGGUAGCCCAUGCAACAACCUUACAGCCCUACCUCAGCACCAAAUGCAGUACUCAAGGGGAUUUCCUAGUUGUGCAUAACGUAGCACGUAUCUUGGAAUUAGUGGUACCCCUGAUGGAUCAUCCAAGUGAGAUGUUCCUAUCUAGCCUGGAAGAAGACAUGAUGAGACUGAUCAUCAGGCACGGUCAGAUGGUGCUACAGAGCUGUGUCAGCUGCCUGGCAGCUGUGGUCAACGAGGUAACACACAACUACAAACUUGUCCGAGAUUGCUUCCAGAAUAUAUAUUGUAUAUUAACAAAAUACAAGACAGAAUACGAGGAAUUCCCAGACAAUCCCGCCUUAAUAAGGGGAAAACCUCGUUUACUUAGAGCUCUCUUCACGGUUGGUCUCUUCUGUAAACACUUUGAUUUUGAUGCUGGUACAAAGACAGUAGGAAAGGUUCCAGUAAGUCAACGUGUGUUUGAUACUUUGUAUUUUUUCUGUAACCGUGAUGAUGAGGAUAUUCGACUGAAGGCUUUGUCAGGCCUUGGAUUUCUGUGCAAUAGACAUGCUGAGUUCAUGCUUGGUACGCAGGUGAAGACCCUCUACUGGCAGUUCUUAGAAAGCAAAACUGAGAAUUUACAUCGUCUACUAUGUCAAGUUCUUAAAAACUUGCAAAAUUAUUUAUCGGAGGAAGAUGACAAAAUGAGGAAGGCUGAUGUUGAAUGGAAGAAAUCAGGACAGAAAGAAGAUCUAAAAGAAAUGGGUGAUGUACAAUCAGGAAUGAGUAGUUCAGUUAUGCAGAUCUACUUGAAGCAUGUAAUGGAGAUGAUGUUACACCCGCAGUCUGUUAUAAGGAUGUCUGCAUUACAUGUGGUUGUACUUACCCUUAAACAAGGCCUUGUACAUCCGGUGCAGUGUGUGCCGUAUUUGGUGUGUUCCGGUAGUGAUUCGGAGGCUUCCAUACGCAUCAAGGCAGACCAACAGUUAUCAGAUAUAGACAGCCGCUACCCUGGCUUCAUACAUAUGAAAGCAAUAGCUGGUAUCAGGACAGCAUUUAGGCUACAAAAGCUACUGAAUGGGUGCAAGAAGGAGCCUCUACGUGGGAUGCGUGUACAGGAAAAUAUGGUCAGCCACUGCACGCAUCUCUACUCCAUGAUUAGGAGUCAUCGGCAGCAUAGAAGGGCUUUGCUACUAUCACUACUGCAUUUGUAUGAUGACAGUGCAAGAACAGAUUUGGAAACUUUAGUAUUUGUGGCAGACAAUCUAUCAUAUUUCCCAUACCAAACCCAAGAUGAACCGUUGUUUAUUAUGCACCACAUAGAACUUAUCGUCUCUGUAUCAGGCGGAAAUCUACUACAGUCUUUCAAAGAGGUUUUCUACCCACAAAUAGCAAAAUCCACAUCUCAACCGCCAUCCCCAUCGAAUACAGCAGGAUCUCCAACAAAUACGGAUCACAAGUCUCCAGAAAAGCCCAAGCCUGAAACAACGCGGGACUUCUAUGAGGAAGAUGCUGAGGAGGAUGUAGACGUACUAAUAGAACACAUUCCUGAGGACCCAACGCAACUGAUAGAGUGCUGCCAAACAGCUCAAGGCAUCAUCUUACUCUUGGUACUCAAGCAACAUCUCAAAGACCUCUUUGGUUUUAGGGAUAACACAAUUCAUCGGUAUUCACCAACAGAAUCAGCGAAGGUUUAUGAUAAAUCACUUAGUCGCAAACAAGGAGUAGUCUUCAACCCCAUUAGGGCUUUGGAGAUUCUGAAACUAGGCAUGCCGGAGUUGCCCCUCAGUGACCAGGCCAAACGAGACUUUGUUGAGGAGUACCUUGAUUUUAAGCAGCUGAUGGAAUUAGUAGAUCCUGAUGACGAUGAGGAUGAGGAAGAAGAACGGCCUGCACCCAAGCAGGACAAAACACCGCCCUCUGCCACUGCCAACCAAUCAGGAGGAGAAACCAAAAUAGAAGGUUCAAGCGAUGCUGAAACUGGUGAGCCAGCACCAGAACAAAGUUCUGGGGCAGUGGUCCCUGCAGACGACAAUAAAUCAAGGGAUGGUGCUGAAUCAUUAGGAAGCAGCACUCAUGGGCUUAGGUCGCAUACACCUGCCACAGAACAGGCUAAUACAUCAAGAUCAAGAAAUUCAAAAAGAGGGAAGAGCCAGAGUAGAAGUGUACCGACAAAGAGUGUCAAGAAAACCCCACAGAGACCAAAGAAAAGGAAGAAAAAAUAUUCGUAUGAUGAGAGUGAUGAAGAAGAAGAUGAUGAGGAUGAUGAGUCAGAUGAUCCAGAUUUCAUGGCGUAAAGGUGGAGGAGGUAGAAAAGAAAACGGGUAAAAUGCUGAUGGAUGACUAAAGAUGAGGACAAUGAUCAUCUAGUGAUACUGAAGACAUUGAUCAUCUGGUCUUACUGAAGAAAGUGAUCAUCUGGUGUUGCUGAUCCAGUGACCUGUGUGCCAUGUAGGUUACCAUCAUUUUUUAACACCGCAAGUUGUAGGUGCCUUACAACAAGCUGUGGAUGCCUUGUGCUGAUCUGUGGAUGACAGCAUAUCAAGGCAUUUACACAUGCAUACUGGAUGUCUCUGGCCUGGCUAGGUUAGUACUGGCAAGUUUUAUGAUAAGCAAUAAGGUACACUCUAUAGGUGAGUGACACUCAACAAUUGAAUGACACUCUUCAAUUAAGUUGCACUCUCCAGUUUCGAUAUUGAGGUACAGUUUUCAAUGGAUUGUCGUAAAUGUAACAAUUUUAUUAAAAAUCUAAAGAAUCAAAUAACAUCUGAUUUACAGUAAUUUAGUUUAACUUGGAUACUUCCCCCAACGGAUAUUAAUGAUUACUAACUGCCAUUUUUACAUGUUUAUUUUCAUAAUUCAUAAUUUUAUUUCACUCAAAACAUAAUGAGUCUGGUAGGAAAAAAGGGAACAUGUCCCUGUACAAGAUGUCUACCAGAGAACAUCUGAUAUUUUACUUGAUUAAAUUGAUUUUAUAGAAUAUUGUGCUAUUUUUACAUAUAUUUAAACAUUACCACUGAUUCUUCAACAUUAUAAACUAUUUCAGUAUAAUGUUUUAGAUGUAUUGCUAAUUAUCUUGGUUUUAAGCAAUCACAUUUCAACUGCAGUUCUAUUUUUUCAUUGUUUUAUCGCACAUCAAGCAAGAUAUGAAAGUCAGUCUGUGUAUUGAAUUUCAUGCUGACGUUGCUCAAUAAUUUUGACAUCUUUCAUAUUAACUAUCACCAAAUGUCAGAAUAAAUUUAUAUUUUUGGCAAUUUGUUAAUUUUUAUUUUGUUCAUAUUAUUAUAAAUUUGUUAUUUGAUUUCACAUAUUAAGUACCAUUGUGUAGUGGGUAAAUAUUUAAUGUGAUUUUUUUUUUUAUUCCCUUCAACUCCCUCCAAAUGUCAGGAUGACCACCCCCAGAAAUAUAUUUAAAAUAAAAUAUCAUAUCCAAUUCUGAAAAUGUUAACAUUCUGAAAAGAUAAAUUUCAAAUACCAAAACUUAAGAUUUCAAAUGUAAUCAGUGACAGUUGAUUCUGAUCUGUGAUGUUAUGUAUGUGGCGCCAAAUGUCAUAUAAAACCAUUUGUAAGUGACAAAUCAUGUUUUGUAAUAGACAAAAGUUAUUGUAAAAGACAAAACCAUGCUUGUCUACACAAAAAAUGUUUUGUAAAAGACAAAACCAUUUGUGUCUGAACAAAACAUGUUUUGUAAUAGACAAAACUAUGUUUGUCUGUACAAAACAUGUUCUGUAAAAGACAAAACCAGGUUUUUGUCUAUACAAAACAUUAUGUCUGUACAAAACCAUGUUUGCCUGUACAAAACCAUGCAAACCAUGUUUGUCUAAAUAUAUAUUAUAUUAAACUGCAUAUUAUUUCUGUUUUGGAGUUUUUGGUGCGUCACUGUUUCAAAUUGUGUUUGUAGGUCGUUGUUCUUGAGAAACAAACAAGCAACACUUAACAUUUUCCCCACUCAUAAUUGGACAAACUGAAACAGGGACAUGCUUCUAUUCAAAUUUUUUUAUUACAAUUCAUAAGAUAUUUUUGUGGGAUAUUGCUAAUUAUCAUUUUUAUUCAAAAUUUUAAAAAAAUAAUAAAUUCAGUCAGAAGACACUAAACAACACUUUUCUUUUCUUUUUUUUUAAAUAGUCUUAUUAAUACCCUUAGUGAAAAUGAUAAACAUAAUAGACAACAUAACACCUGCCUGCAGUGUUAUGUUUCCUUUCUAUGGUAAUCUUAUUCCCUCAAGAUACUCUUAGGAAGCUAUUAGAAUCUUGGCCUGAUGAACAGCUUUUGAUGUGUAUAAUGAGGUUGGAUAAACACUCUUUGAAGGGGAUGGUAACAGGUGAUGAGGGCUUCCUCAUCAAGAGUCAGUUAGUAAAGACACAAUAAACCUGAUAGCAAACCAAUUCAUAUUAUUUAAAUGUCACUUUUAUGAUAGCAACUGUAAAAUAGCCAAUGGUGCUUUGUCAAUAGUGUUUCCUUUCUGCAUUAGCAUGUAAACUAUCAUAAAAAUAAAUUAUAUAAUUAUGUUCACAGCUCUUUCCUCACUGUCCAUAUAAUUACUGAAAUAAAUUCUAUUGUUAUUUUUGAAUACUGUACUGAGUUUAUAUAAGCUGUUGCUGCAAGUAACUAAUUAGUAACUAAUUACUUCUAGUACAGUACAUUGUUACUGUCCACAAAUAGUUUUCAUUGUUGUAUUACCUUUGAAAACACUCUUACGUUUUGGUAAUACAUUUAAUUUAUAUGGUGAAUUAUGUUGCCAUAUAAUGGCAGGUAUAUUUUCAUAUAUUGGGAAAACUUUUGCCAUAUAUGGGCAAUUCAUGUGGGUAUUUUGGAAAUUCUGUUUUUAUAUGGGCAAUUAUCUUGCCAUAUAUGGGCAAUUAUCUUGCCAUGUAUGAUUCUCUAGAUAAUGACAUCGUUGAGCCAGUAAAGUAAUUGCUCACAUAUGCUCGUGAUGUGAAUUGUGUGCACUGUAUUGGGUUACAUGACACUUUAAUAUUCUGUUCCUCAGUGCUGUGCAUUUACACAAUUCAACCCUGUUCCCAAGGUAUAGAGUGCUAAUUGGUCUACAAUCCAUAGGCGAACUUAGUUUCUCUUUCUCCUUUAUCAUCAUCAGAUGUAUCGUAGCCAUUGUAGGCAAUGACAGUUAACUUUUAGUUCAUUCUUUUUCAAUGACUUGCUUUUAUUUUUUACAAUUUAAUUAAUACAGUUGCUCUUCAUAAAUAACUAACUUAAUUUAAUUUUUCUUGAACAUUUUAAUUAUAUUCUUCCUGAAAAUAAGCUGUCAAAAGACAGAGACUUCAGCCACUUAACAUCAAUUUCAUGACAAGUGGUCGCCACAAGUGAAGAAUGUACAGUAAUCAGGUUUAAUACAAAUCAGAGUACACCUGGUGUUUUUGGGAAUAGCAAAUCAUCCAUCAGAAUUAAUGUAAUCUUAUUUAAUCAAAGUUUCCCAUUUAGGUGUUUAAAUUAAUUCACAAUGAUUUAUGCUGUGUUUUUGCACGAUCUCAGAAUAUGUGUCUGAUCCCACCGGUUGUCUUUCAGCACAUGUUACAUAUACUUUAAUACUUUGAAACUGAGAAGCAAUCAAUUGAGAUAAAAUCCUAUACUUGGACACAUCCUUCAAGAUCACUCUUCUUGUUGUUGGUAAUUCACUUUUGAAAUAUCAUUCCGAAUGCACAGAUACAUCAUUCUCAACAACUGAUACAUACUAAAAUGCAUCGUUUAUAUUUAUAUGUUUGCAUUAUCAACUUUAACUUUAUAGCUUUCUGAGACAUUUCUGGGGAAUUUUUAAAUUUGUAAAAUCGUACUAAAAUUGUAAAAAAAAAACAUUAACCUAAACAACUGAUAUUUUCCAUUUCAAUAUUAACAUGAAUUAUGUACUCAAGCACCUUAUAGUUGUUGUUUCAAUUAUAGUGGAAAAUUGUUUCUAUAAAAAAAAAUUGCUCACCCAUAGUUUGGCAUUUCAAGGAUUUUAACCAUCUAUUUGAUAUUAAUUGAUAUUAAAGAUUGUCAUUAAAAAGCAAAAUUAAGUUAUUUAUUAAUUUAUUUUUGCUGAAGUAAUGGGUAAUUUAUUAAUAUUUCUACAUUACUUCUUUGUGAGAACUAAAUUGAAAUGCUUCUGUUUGCCAUAUGAUAGCAAGUUUUAUGAUGAAAUGAAAAAAACAGUAGGAGAGCAUACCCUUGGUUCCAUGGUACUGACAAACAUUGUUGGCUUUUAAUUCCAAACUGUCUGCUUUAAUUGUGUGUUUCUUUCUUGUAUCCUAUUCACCAUCUGCAAUUGACAUUCCUCCUCAACCAACUCAUCCUCAUCAACUAUAUCAUUUCCGAAUCUAUAUCAUUUCCGAAAAAAAAACCCUCCUCCUGAUGAAUUUAGAAAAUUUUAUGAAAUGAGAAAUGUAAUUAUCUACUAGUUACACAGGUUGGACAGUUAUCGAUCCAGGAAAUUAUAUUAGCUGACGGAAAACUUAGGCAAUCUAAAUCAUAACGUUGUAGCAUAGUUUUGAUGAUGAGAUUGGACGCAAGUAUAUCUCUCCUUCACAUGUUCAGGUCACCUUCAAUAUAACAUCAAUUAUGUUGUACCACUUAUUACAGCUUGUAUUGAAUAUAGUCUCAUAUUUCUGCUAGUUUUCUGCAUGUUUUAUCAAAUUAUUGUUCAUCAUAUUUAUCUUAUGGAUCUUUAUUGAUCUUGAUUGGCUUAACUUGUCUAUUUGAAUUCCUCGGUUUAAACUUGAGUACGAAAUUUCUGUGAAACUAUAAGAUUGGUCACACCUCCACAACAAAUAUCAAUUACAAUUAAUUUGUACCAAACUUAAUACAUGCAGGUGUAAUAUUUGUCUAGCUACGCUACAUUUUCUUCCUCCAUGGUACAUACAGUAAUUGAAUAACAUCUCAGUACAGAACAAUGUAUAAUUUAGAAAUGCCACUAGCUUAUCCAAUACUGUCAAGUAAUGGUAGUUGCAUUUUAACAAAUGUGUUUUGAUGCAUGCCUUUCUGCUUUCCAUGCAAACUUUAUAUUUUUCUUCAGUGAAUUGGGUAAUAAUGUACAGUAAGAUGCCUAAAUAAACCUGAUGAAUUGUCGUUAUUAUUGAAAGAAUCUAUUAAUGAUUAGACGCAGCAAUAAAUAUUAGUGUAGAGUAUGACAGGAUCAGAUUAGUCAUUGACCGUUCUAUGAACGUUAGAGAAUUUAACCAGAGAUGAAAUGAUUUGUCAAUCAUAAAAGACAUACCAUCAAAUUUUUAGCUUUUCAUUGCAUCUGAAUUGAGGAAGGGGAACGUCAAGGCAUUCCCACGACCCCAGUGACCCUCACCCCCACAGUUAGUAAUUAGAAACAGAAAAACAACCUACAUGUGUGUAAUUGGAUUUCAAUAGAAUCUCAUUAUUACUGAUUCAUGGUGUUGUGAUCUCCUCCCAAUUAUACACACUCGUUAAAAUUUUAUGCAAAUUAUUAUCUGUCAAGAUGGGUAUCAGCAACAAUAAAUCCCAAGAAAUAUUAUGUUCA